CGAUCUCAACAUUUAAACACAACAUCUUAAACGCGCCAUUGAUAUUCGGCGAAUCAACGCGCAGGAGGAGACAUAACCUUCUCAGAGGAAGGAAUCAUUGAAGAAUAACAUAAUUAAAAAUAAGCGAAACACGACGAAACGAGAAAGAAUUUAUUUUAAUUUGCGGUGACAUAUAAUGUACUAAAUAUAAUGCAAGCCAUGAGGAUAAUGAACACAAACACUCUGACAACAGGUAUCACAAGAUUUUGCGAUACCUUUAUCCCAAAUUCUGUCUAUACGCAAUGUGUACGUUGGAAAAGAAAGCCGAUUUGGUUACCUCCAGUAAAAUCCAAAAUGUUCCGAAUACCAAAGAGACCAGUCAUAUCUACGGAAGAAGUUCUGGAGCUUCAGCGUUUAAAUAAUAAUUACAGAACAUAUAUGACAUCACUUAGAUCGUAUUUGUGCCACUUUGAAAUGCAAAAUAAAGUGCAAUUAGACAAGGAAAGUAUCAAGCAAGCUGAAGAAGAAGAUUUUCAGACAUGUAGCGCAAUAAAUGAUGAAUGGAAUGCAGAGGUGGCAAAACAAAGAGAAGUUAGGUUGGCGAAUGUAAGAGAAAAACGCAAGAAGUAUAAUCUGCGAAAAUUGUUAGACAAAGAGAAGCAUGAGAUCAAACGGAAGAAGUAUGUCGACAAACAGAUCAAGAAAGCUAAGGAGGAAGCUGUCACAUUCAUUACUGCGGAAAACGUGGAUGCGGCGAUCGAGGAGUGUUUGGCGAAUAUCGUCGAUCAUAAUCGCGCGUUAGAUUUGCAGGGAAACUGGCAUGAUGGGACUUAUUCUCCAGUUCCACCUCUUGAAGAAACGCAGAAACCAGCGGUCGUCAAGAAUUAAACAUGAAUUUAGAAAUUUUACGUUCAGCUACUUGAAAAAAUAAAAGCUUAGUAUAAGCUUAUACCUUUUUUCUCAAGCAUUUUAAACCUUUGCUGAAAUAUAAUUAUGAUAAUCAU